AUGUCAGAUAUAAUUAAAUUUAAGCUAACAAAUGGAGAUGUUUUUGGUAUAUAUCGUCAAAUAUUAGACAGAUAUCCAAAUAGUUUUUUAGCAAGAUUAAUUGCUAAUGAAAUAGAUUCAUCAUUUCAUUCACGUGAUGCUGACAAUUCAUUUGUUAUUGAUGAAGAUUCAAUGAUUUUUUCUUCAAUUCUUACAUAUUAUCGUUGUGGAGUAUUAACAAUCAUGCAUGAUGAUCUUCGUGAAGCAAUUAUUGAUAAAUAUAUGUUACCACAAAUUCAUUCUGCAUCAUCAACUAAAAAAUUAUCAUCAAAUGAUGAACCUAUGUAUGUACAUAUUAGUUUUGAACAUGCGUCAUCAACAUCAGCACAAACUAAACCACAUCCAUCACAAAUUCCAGCUCUUCAUGGAUGUCCAUUUAUACUAACACAUACAAAUUCUUAUCGUUCGAAAGAUCCAAUUGAAAUUGCAAAUUAUUUAACAUGCCAUGGAUAUACUAUGGAACAAAUGGAUAUUAAUACAAGAUCGAUUUUAAUGAAAAGAAUAAAUUAA